AUGCCACUAACAGAGGCUGCGAAAGAAGAAAUGUUACAUGAAUUACUCGAACGUCUCGAAUCAAAAGAUUCUGACCUCACUGACAUUUGUAUAGCCGUUAACUGGAGCACAAGGUUGCACAGAUCGUUUCAUUGGCUGAUCAAUACAGCUUUUCGAACAGAAAAUGUUACCACGCUAUUCAAAUUGCGUUACUUUAUUAUUGAACUUCACAAUCAAACACAGCAGUCCUAUCAGUCAUUUAUUGCAUCAUUACUAGAUCAAGAUCACUUAAUUACUUAUUGUGGUCAACUAAUGGCAAGGGAUCAAUUGGAAUUGUUGAAAAACAAUAUUGGCGGCUUUGUUCUGAUAAAUUCGUUUUUGUCAACUACACGUUUACUGAACGUUGCUCGCACCUACGCUGGUAAUGGUUCAGCAUUUUCGGCUUUUGAAUCCAUAAUAUUAGAAAUAGACAUCGACGUAAAAAGGGCUAUGAAAACAUUUUCUAGUUUAAAUGCUGAAGACAAAGACGAGAUAUUAUUUUCUAUAGGAUGUGUGUCCAAGAUUCGUGAUGUCAAAUUGAUAAAAGCUCAUGUAUAG